AUUCGCCAAUUAAACACUAUUAUUUUAUCAAUACUGUAUUUUAGUGAUUAAUUCAUGAAAAUGUAGGUGUUAGUGCACUUCAUAAAGUACAUAAAUUCCCUUUUUCCUGAAUAGUCAUGAGGUUUCACAGAAAUGACAACUGAACAUAAAGACAGCUCAAUGAUGAGCAGGUUCAAAGUGUUCUGUAGUGGGCAAGCAUGUGGCGCAAGAUGGACCCUCGGAGCCCUACUUUUGGCACCCCUCACUGCAGCAAACCCCAAUUACUGUGCUGUGCCGGCUACAAUACUGGUUGCUGUAUUCAUCACUUUUGCAUCGUUCACGAACAGGGACCUAAAGAAAUUGGCAGAAGUGCUCCCACCUUCUAAAACUGGACGAGGAAGACGGGAACGCAAUUUAAGAUCGUUCGCCGAUUUCAUGGCCAUGUGGAUGUGGUUUUUAUCACAUCUAGUGGCUGUUGCCGUAUGUGCCAGAAUUCUGAGCGCUACUGCCGAUCAUGUAACUGGAAGUAGAACAAGGCGCUGGUUGUUUGGUUACGAAGCCAGGUCACUUGGAGAACCAUGGCCUGAUGUAUUGGGAGUCACUGUAGUGUUAGUGGUUUGCGCUAUGUUCAUGUGUGGACUGGAGGAAAGUAUGAUGUUUACGUGUCUACUGUUGAUUAUUCUGUAUAUAUUCAGCCAGUCUUUUACGAUAUAUGGCCUUAUGAAUUUGGAUAUUACCAAUAUUAAGAUUCCUUUACCUAUUACCGUGUAUGAGUUAUUUGCUGCUGGUGCUCCCAUAUCGUACACAUUUUGUACAGUACAAAAGAAGAAUGAUAAUGAAAGUUUUAAUAGGAAUGUGUUACUUAUGAUUGGCCUACCAGCUCUUGUUCUAAGUUGCCUUUGUUUCCUUUACACAAAUAUGUUGAAAGGUACAAGCAUUGACGCUGCAUUACCGAUGACAACAUUAUUAGAAGCGCGGGUGGCUGGUUGGAUAUGUCCAGUUUUAGCAGCUAUCACCGUUGCAGGAGUCUGUCUAGCGUUAACAGAGCUCUGUCCUUUACUUUUUUCUGUACUUGUCCUACUCGCUUCCCCAGAAUGGAAGGUACUAACUCGUUCUAUGACGUAUGAAAGUACGACAACAGGAAGUCCGGUCUUAGCUGUCUUUACAGCAGGAAGCUUAGCCGCCAUAUUGGCAUUUGCGUGUCCACUCGCUCACAUGAUAACACUUAUGAAUGCCAGCCAUUUAAUGAGCCUGACAAUUCAGGCUCUACACUUUAUCAUUAUGAGAUGCGUGCCUACAACUGAACAAAUUGAAGCCGGUGACGUUGAAUAUAAGCGCCUCGGCAUCGGUACCAGCAUUGUCACAAGAAAGUCAUCAGGACUUAAACGCAAACGCAGCCUUUGGUUCAUACCUUCAGCGAUACGUCACACAAAGACUUUGGAGAGCAUUAAAUCUAAAGUGAAUAAAGAAACAGAAGAAAGAGAAUGCCUACUCUUAGACGAGUAUUCUGGCUGUCAAAGUGAAGAAGUCGAACAACGCUCUGGCAGUGCGCUUGCUGAAUUGGCCGAAGCAGAGGUUGUUGACCUCCAAUCCGAUAUGGAGGCUAGCGAAGGGGAAAUUUCAUCGGGGGACGAUUCCACUGAUAUUGAUGCGGUUGUCAAGGAGUAUAGAGACAGAAUACAGGUCGUAACAGCCAUCCCCGAAUCAAGUAUACCAGCGCCACCUAGCGUACGAGGCGCACGAUGGGUGGCUGUCGGUGCUUGUACGCAGCUGAUAGCGAGCGCCUUCAUUGCUGCAGCUUUCUGCUGCGAGAAAUACAGAGUGCCUAUGUUUGCUACUGGAUUACCAUUAUGGUUAUGUGGGACAUUCAUAUCAAUAUGGCACCCAGCACACCUCGUUGGCAUCAAGAGGUUGAGCCAGUUGCAAGGACCUAUAACGAUGCUACUCUCGCUUCUGCUCCUCACACCUUUACUUUUGGAUUCUUGGCCAGCUAUUAUUCUUUUCGCUGGAGCUGGUGUGGUUAUAUACGCACGCUGUGAACGCUGGUGCGGCGACUUAGCAGUACAUCAAGCGCGCAGUACCCUAGAGCGCCGAAAGCUGCGUCACGUCACCGCCUCUAUGCCGCUAGGUGGCGCACGACUUACGCAUAUCGAUACAGUGUACAUCACUAGAUGACAAGACGAUGACUCGGAUUCGAGUCUGGACAACUUGUUGGACGCUGAGGACGACAUGGAAGCUGAUGGCGAAUGACAUGAACCCAUUAUCAUCAUUACAUGAACUCAUUACGACCCUAAUAUGCAAAAAAAAUAUAUUUGCUGCACUAUAUCACUAGCAGAAAUAGUUAGAUAACAAUUGAUGCGAAAAUUAUGUGUAGAAACCCUACAAAGUAACGAAAAAGGUUCUACUUUACAGUUCGAAUACCAAAACGUAUUUCAAAUAACGAUUCUUGUUUUAAUGAUGAUUUUAAUUUAUCCCUAAUGAGAAAGGCAAAGGACUUCUGUUUUAAAUAAUGCAAGUCAGUUAUUACAGUUAGUUUCAAUUACAAUGAAAGUCAGAAGUCAUAGUAAAAAUUAUUUGACAGAUCUACUUGAAAGAUGACACUAGUUUUAUUCUAAAAGACUCACAAAACGAAUAUUACUUCGUUUCUAUAGUAUGCCAAAAACUCCUUGCUUAAAAGUACGAAAAUCGCCUCUGUUUAUAGCACACUAAGAUUUGUUGUAAGUAUUAUAAACCAAAGUAGCUUUUUUAAUUAAUAUCUGUGUACCUCGGUCACGUUAGGCGAACCGGGUCUAAUUUUAAUAUAAAAAUAUUCACAUACUUAAUUCUUUAUUUACCACAAUAUAGAAUAUUGUAUGUUAUCCGUCCCUAUACAAAAUCGGAGAAUGUAUUUUAAAUUAUAUAUAACAACCACAUUUGGACGUUUCUGACAUUUAACAAUUAUUAACAUUAAAUUAAUAGCUAAAAAUACUGUUUUAUAGUGCUUGCUUCAAGCGAAUUUUUAAAUAUAUAAGAUAUUUUUUCAGAUAUAAUGCCUUAGAUUGUGAACAUAGAUUGAGAGGCGCUUUAGACAAGCUUUCAAUGUUCUAAGCAAUGCCUUAGAUUAGAUGUUGUCGAAUUAAAUAAGUCUUUCUAUCAAUUAUUAAUGUAACGGAUUUUAGCAAUCCUAUGGAUAUUCGUAAUUGUAUAAUUUUAAUACUUUUUAUAUAAUUGCCUUAUGCAAUUUAAGAAUCGGCCUAGUAACUGGUAAUUUGACGUAUAAGAUAUUGCUGGCAUUAACGUCACUAUCAAUAGGUGAGUAUAGAGUAGGUAGUCGUUACAGUUCAAAUUUGCUGAAUUUGCUAAAAAAAUACGAUUUUUACGUAAACUUCUCCAAUUUAUUACAAUAAAGCAAUAAGACGGUAUGUUUUACGAAGGGUAAGAAGCCUUGACUUUCCAUAUGGAAUAUACAUUUAAAAUAUAUGUUACAACGCCAAUAUGGAUUAAUUUUCACGUUUGUAAUUAGAUUUUUUGCGAGAGUAGACAGCAAUGUUUUGUACACCAGUGUUUAUAGACUGAUAAGCUUUGUAAAACUACACUUCAAAUCCGGCAGUGUAAAAGUAUAUGUGUAACCAAUAACAAUAUUGUCGUAAGCAUAAUAUUAUUUAUGCCGUAAUAUAUAAUAAAAACUUCUUUGUCAUUAUUCACUAAAGUGCGUGUCAUUUGCCAGUUUGCAAUAAAAAAAUUAUGUAAAAAGA